GGUUCCCCAGCCAGCCCGGCCCCCGCGCCUCCUCCGCUGGCUCGGCCCGGCCCCCUUCUUCUCCCCGGCGGUGCUCGCAGGCUCGCUCUCUUCCCUCUUCCCACACCACCCUCAGCCGCUCCCUCCCCGCACGCCGGUCUGGAGAGGAAUAGAGCGCCGCGCGCAUCGAUAGCUCUGCCCUCUGCGGCCGCCAGGCCCCGAACUCAUCAGUGUGCUCGGAGCUCGAUUUCCCUAGGCGGCGGCCGCGGCGGCGGAGGCACAGCGGCGGCGGCGGCGGUGGCGGCGGCGGCGGUGGCGGCUGCCCGGCCAGUACUCCCGGCCCCCGCCAUUUCGGACUGGGAGCGAGAGCGGCGCAGGCACUGAAGGCGGCGGCGGGGGCCAGAGGCUCGGCGGCUCCCAGGUGCGGGAGAGAGGCCUGCUGAAAAUGACUGAAUAUAAACUUGUGGUAGUUGGAGCUGGUGGCGUAGGCAAGAGUGCCUUGACGAUACAGCUAAUUCAGAAUCACUUUGUGGAUGAGUAUGAUCCUACAAUAGAGGAUUCCUACAGGAAACAAGUAGUAAUUGAUGGAGAAACCUGUCUCUUGGAUAUUCUCGACACAGCAGGUCAAGAGGAGUACAGUGCAAUGAGGGACCAGUACAUGAGGACUGGGGAGGGCUUUCUUUGUGUAUUUGCCAUAAAUAAUACUAAAUCAUUUGAAGAUAUUCACCAUUAUAGAGAACAAAUAAAAAGAGUUAAAGACUCUGAAGAUGUACCUAUGGUCCUAGUAGGAAAUAAAUGUGAUUUGCCUUCUAGAACAGUAGACACAAAACAGGCUCAGGACUUAGCAAGAAGUUAUGGAAUUCCUUUUAUUGAAACAUCAGCAAAGACAAGACAGAGAGUGGAGGAUGCUUUUUAUACAUUGGUGAGAGAGAUCCGACAAUACAGAUUGAAAAAAAUCAACAAAGAAGAAAAGACUCCUGGCUGUGUGAAAAUUAAAAAAUGCAUUGUAAUGUAAUCUGGGUGUUGAUGAUGCCUUCUAUACAUUAGUUCGAGAAAUUCGAAAACAUAAAGAAAAGAUGAGCAAAGAUGGUAAAAAGAAGAAAAAGAAGUCAAAGACAAAGUGUAUAAUUAUGUAAAUACAAUUUGUACUUUUUUCUUAAGGCAUACUUAAGUAAAAGUGGUAAUUUUUGUACAUUACACUAAAUUAUUAGCAUUACCUAAUUUUCUGCUCCAUCCAAACUGUUAGCUUUUAUCUUGAAUGCUUAUUUUAAAAUGACAGUGGAAACUCUUUUUUUCCUCUAAGUGCCAGUAUUCCCUGAGUUUUGGUUUUUGAACUAGCAAUGCCUGUGAAAAAGAAACUGAAUACCUGAGAUUUCUGUCUUGGGGUUUUUGGUGCAUGCAGUUGAUUACUUUCUAUUUUUCUUACCAAUUGUGAACUUUGGUGUGAAACAAAUUAAUGAAGCUUUUGAAUCAUCCCUAUUCUGUGUUUUAUCUAGUCACAUACAUGGAUUAAUUACUAAUUAUAACUUCAGUUGAGAUUUCAUGAUGGGUUUUACUGAAACAUUGAGGGAACAUGAAUUUAUGGACUUCUUAUAGAUUCAUCUUACAGGUAUAAUGUCCUAUAGUUUCAGUUACCCUUAAUGAAUGUAAAGUUACACUGUUCACAAAAGUUUUCUCCAUCUUUUCACUGCUAUUUGUCAUAGUCACACUCCCAAAAAUAUUAUAUUUUUUCUAUAAAAAGGGAAAAAAUGGAAAAAAAAUACAAGGCAAUGGAAAAUAUUAAAAGGCAUUUACUUUCCAUAUUAGAUAAAUUCCUCUAAUACUCUGAAUAGCUUUUCCUAUUAAGGCAGACCCAGUAUGUAAUGAGGAUUAUAGCAACCAUUUUGGGGCUAUAUUUACAUGCUACUAAAUUUUUGUAUCAAUUGAAAAAAUUUUAACAUGUAUAAAAAAUUCCCAUAGGAAUUAAAUAUAGUCUCCCUGUGUCAGAUUGCUCUUUCUUAGCAUAACUUUAAAUCUUUUCUUGAUCUUCGGUCUUAGAAAAUAGUUUUAAUUCUGGUAGUGACAUUAAAGAUUAUUUGGGCCAAUUAGCUUUGGUAGAUGUUAAAGUGACCAAGGUUGCAAGGCCAGGCCUUGUGUGAACCUUUGAGCUUCAUUAAGAGUUUCAUGGUAUGGACUGCAUCCCUGUAGUCCCAGUGUUGCUCUGCGUUGGGUAGUGAAAAGUGGGGGCGAGGAGAGUUUGGAUAAGAUGCAUCCUCACUAUGUGGUGGUCCUGCGGACAUUAUCAGGAACAUCACUUUUGUUUUUAAAAAAACAAAACAGAACAAAACAAAAACCACAAUAGAAUUUUUUUAAAAGCAUUAUUUCAAAUAAGAUUUUGGGGUAGGGGGUGGCAAGACUUUAAUUUUUUUAAACAAUGAUGUGAAAAAGUUUCCAAAUCUUUAGUAUUGGUUAGUUCUCAAUACUGGCUAAAGUAAUAUUUCAUACACACUUUACAAGUAUGGUCCAUAUUUAAGAAUAACUAAUGCUUAAAUAAUAAAUUAAUAACAGUGAUUCUUUCAGUGUGUUUAAAAUGUAUUUUUAAAUAUCUGAAGUGAGAUGGUGUGUUGAGGUGAAAAUAUCACUGGACUAGGAGGAAGGUGACUUAGAUUCUAGUUACGUGUCUUUUACAACUUCAGUUUUGGGCAAAUCACUUGCUAUCCAUUUCUUCAUGUUAAAAUAAGUCAUCUCAAAGGCUAUAGCUUAGCAUUACAACUAUGUGAUUUACAUUCAGUUUACAUAAGGUUAUAUCUAUUUGUCAGUGUCAGCACAAUCUGUAACUUUUUACCUGUGUUUUACCUGUGUUUCAGCGCCAGUCUUAGACAAAGUUGUGCAAGAGGUGAAGUUUAUUUUUGAGUAUCUGUUCUCCAGUAGCAGUACUCCUCUCCCAUAUUAGUGUCAUCUUGCCUGCCUACCCUUCUAUAUGCCCCGUGACUUGAUGCUUUUUCUUUUAAUACUUCUAAUUCCCCUAACCUCAAGAUUUAUUGCUGCUUUAGAUAUCUCCACAAAGGCUUCCCAUCAAGUCACACUAGUCAGGCUCAACAUAAUCUGACAGAUACUGUAGUAGGGUUUGACCUAAUAGCUAAUUUUCAGGUGGUAGCUAUAGCAAUUUAAUUUUGAUCCUUUGAACAUCAUUCUUUGCUACCUGGUCCACUAAUGACUAAAUAGGAAAAGUAGGAAUUUUCAUAACUGCUAUGAAAAGACAGACCUUAUCCAGUAGAAUUUAAUAAAUUCAUAAAUACUGAAGGAUUUCCUUAGAUAAUCUAAAACUAGGACUAGCCCUGGAUACAGUGGUACAUUCCAUUAUUUUAGUAAGUAAAAUCUUCUUACAAUGAAAAAAUACUUUAAAACUUAAUUCAUAAAGCUUACUUUUUAGUGGAAUUCAUUUGUCCACCCAAUAUUUGAGUGCCUAUUGGAUGCCAGGUACUACACAAGGCACUGGGGAUAUUACGGUAUUCCCAAUGAGGGACAUAAUCCCUAUCCUUAAGUAGUGCUGAUAUUUUAGCAGUCUGUAAUAGCUUAGUGAGGCAUUUGGCACAUGACCCAGAGAUAAUAUAAUGCAUAUAUUAGUUUUGCAAAGAAGUGAUAUGGUCUCUAAGGUUUCUUCCAGUUCUAAAAUAAUUGUUAUGCUCUGAUUCCAGUAAAGCUGUUUAAUCAAGCUACUUUAUAUAAAUCACUUUACUUCAUUAUUUUAAAGGAGUAAACUUAACUAUAAUGUUUUUUAUUUGGGAUAAUUAUGUGAUUUUCUUGGGACAGUUGCAGUACACAUUAAAUCGUAUGUCAGAUGAUAACAUUAAAAUUCCCAAGUGUGUAAUAUUCUAGUUGGUCUCUUUGUAUCAUAAUUAAAAUAGACUUAAAUAUUGAAUUCAAAAAUAGUUUUAUUUAUCUGGGUAUGAAUAAACAGAUGCCUGAACUAAUUCACAGAAAAGGAAAUUUCUGUGUAAAAAAGAGUCCAAUUUCUGAAAUGCUAUGCUAAACUACAGGUUUAUGGAACAUUAUCUAGAUAGGGUGUUAAGACUUUAUAUAGUACUUACUCUUGUUUCUACACAAGAGAAAGAAAUGGCCAUACUUCAGGAAUUGCAGUGCAUAACUGAGGGAUUUUUAGGACUCUUCAAUUUUUUGAUGUAGCUGGGCAGCUUUUUUAGGCAGUGGUAAUUAUCCUUUAUUAUGUGAAUUUUGAAUGGUUUGACAAAAGGUUUGUUUUUGUAGAGAUUUUAAAAGGGGAGCGAUAAUCCUAGAAAGAAAUAUUAUGUAAUUAUUACGGCCUUAAAGAUAAAAACCCUUGGAGUUGAAAAAAUUGCUAAAAUUACAUAGUUUUAGACAUUAACAUGUUUGUGGAAGAAUGUAGCAGAAGUAUGUAGUAUAAUUUGAGUGAAUAUUCCCAAUUAGGAAUUCUAGGCUCUGUUUUAACUGAGUCACACUGCAUAGGAAUUUAGAACCUAACUUAUAGGUUAUCAAAAUCUUUGCCACCAUUGCACAAUUUUGUCCUAAUAUAUAUAGAAACUUCGUGAGGCAUGUUCAGUUGCAGUUUGCACAAGUUCAUCUCAUUUGUGUUCAGUGACUUUUUUCUUCUAACCAUAUUUUUCCAAACAAUACACAUUGGUUUUUGGUAGGCAAUAAAAACUGUCAUUUCCAUUGUUAAAAAGUAAUUUCUUGAUAACUGUAUUAAUGGUUUUUAAAACAACCAUCAGUUACUUUAAAGCUGAAUUUAUAUUUAAUAACUUCUGUGUUAGUAUUGGGUAGCAUGAAAUCUGCAUUGAAAAAUCGAACAGCAUACAACUGGUAGCUGUAAAUUCCUUCAGAAAAUGAAAAUUAUUUCUUCCUAAAGAUAUAUUUACAUCAGUUCUUGAAGAAUAGUCAUAACAAGAUUAAUAAUUGUUUUAGUUUAAUAGUUUUAAGUGCCUGUUUGGGAUGAUGAUAGGCAAUUUAGAUGAAUUUAGGAACAAAGUUCCUACUUGCAGAAAUGUCCAUUACAAAGGGUCCCCCUCCCCAUAGUGCUAAAUGGGUUAUGUAAUGUUUUAUCCAAAAGUUUCCAAUUCCACUGUCUUGUGUUUUCAUGUUGAAAAUACUUUUGCAUUUUUCCUUUGAGUGCCAAUUUCUUACUAGUACUAUUUCUUAAUGUAACAUGUUUACCUGGAAUGUAUUUUAACUAUUUUUGUAUAGUGUAAACUGAAACAUGCACAUUUUGUACAUUGUGCUUUUUUUUGUGGGACAUAUGCAGUGUGAUCCAGUUGUUUUCCAUCAUUUGGUUGCGCUGACCUAGGAAUGUUGGUCAUAUCAAACAUUAAAUUUAAAAAUGACCACUCUUUUAAUUAAAAUUAACUUUUAAAUGUUUAUAGGAGUAUGUGCUGUGAAGUGAUCUGAAAUUUGUAAUAUUUUUGUCAUGAACUGUACUGCUCCUAAUUAUUGUAAUGUAAUAAAAAUAGUUAUGGUGACUAUGA